CACGCCGGAGCAUCUGAGUUCCUUAAUGCUUGUGAAGGUGUGAGUCAAAUCGUGCCACAUCGCACGAAGAGUAUUUCAUCAUGCUGAACUAUGCCAGAAGUGAACAGCAGAUCGCUGAGUUGAUAUCAGCUGUUGGUUGUCUUGGUGGGUGCGGCCGUUGCGGAGGAAGCAGUGAAGGUGGAGGAGAAGCCCGUCACAGUGGUGGCCAAAAUGGAGGACAAGAUGGCGCCUGUGGUGGCAAAGGUGGAGGGGGAAGGGGUGGAGCUCGGCUCCAGGACAGGCGCAGUCGACAUCGGUGAGAGGAGCGCCGUCCCAGCAGCUCCCAUUUACCCGACGCCGUACCCGUCCUACUACUGGCCGUACUACGUGCCCCUGGCAGCGCCGUCGCAGCUGGCCCGCUCGGACUCUACAGGAGCCGUGACUACAGUGCCCUACUACUACCCGUAUGCCUACACGUAUCCCUACUACACGUAUCCGUACGCACCUGUAGUGGCGGCAGCACCCGUACCUACCCUUCGUGUGCUACCUGCCUGGAAAAAGUAAGGGACUGUGGCGGGCUAUCAGCACCUGCAAACCUCAGCCAAUUCCACGCGCAUACAGUGUUGUGGUGCAUCAUAAUUACAUAUGCAUGUAA